AUGCUGGGAGCUGGGGGACCCGGCCCGGCUGUGAGCGCCCACCUGGCCACACUGCCCUACGUGCCGUACCCCGGCUCGGCCAGGUAUGGGGACUACUACUGGUUCUCCGCAGGCAGCACGGACAGCGUGCCCACCGAGGAGGCUCCGGCGCCGGACGCGCUGCCCCUGCCCGCGGCUAAGACGCCCAGUCCCUCAGGUAUGCGAGCGAUCGGGCUGCCCGGGGCUGGGAGCGGCCCCGGGGGGCUGGGAGGAGAUGCCCGAUGCUGCGGGCGGCCCCGGCGGGGCUGCGGUGGCCGCGGCUCCGUGGGCGGGCAGGGGCUGCGGGAGCCGGCCUGGCCGCUAUGUCCAUACGGGACGGGCCAAAGGGGCGAGCAGAGGCGCCUCGGUUCCGCGGCCACAAAGCGGCCUCGGCCCACCUCCCCGCGCUGCGCUGCCCACGGCUGUGGAGCCCCUGCGAGUCCUCAGGGCACCCGCGAUCUUAAAUUAUCCCGAGAGGCCGGAUUUUACAGGUUUUUGAGCCUUCCCUGCCUUAUUUUGCUCACCGCACUUCUCUUUUCCUCAGUGGACUCCCCAGCUUCUUCCACCUCUGGGACGCUCACCCAGUACUACACCCCCGACUCUGCCACUAGCCCCACUGCAGCAGGGACCACGUCUCCCCACUCCUCUCUGCAGAAGGUCAAGGCGCACGGCAAGGGCGUGGUGAAGACGGGCAAGAGCCGCACAGCCUUCUCGCAGGAGCAGCUGAAAGCCCUGCACCAGCGCUUCCAGAGCCAGAAGUACCUCAGCCCCCAGCAGAUCCGAGAGCUGGCUGCUGCCCUUGAGCUCACCUACAAACAGGUGAAAACAUGGUUUCAGAAUCAACGGAUGAAAUUUAAGCGCUGCCAGAAGGAGAGCCAGUGGAUGGAUAACGGGCUGUAUCUACCACAGAAUGGGGUUCAUCAGGCUGCAUACCUGGAUGUAGCACCUGCGUUUCACCAGGUCUUCCCUGUCGGCGCCGGCGGGAAUUUUCAGGCUGUGCCCAGCGUGCACCACGCUUACAGCAGCGGACAGACUUACGGGAAUGGGCAGAACCUGUACUCAUUUGUGUCUGUGGAGGAUGAGGGGUUCUGUGGAAAAGGUGGGUCAAGCUGUAAUAGCCAGCAAACCAUGGGUUUAUUAAGCCAGCAAAUGAACUUGUAUCACAGCUACUUUGACAAUACAGAUGUCAGCGUGGAUGCAGAAGACACCUUCAACUUCCAGAGCACCUCUGACACUGUCACACCAUUUUCAAGCUUUACACAGAAUCAAUGCCAGUUACCUUGGCAUCCCAUGGGGACUCAGAGUGGGUAUGAGUCUCAGGUCUGA